AUGACGUCAUUGUUCCUCCGAAUGCGACCUAGAUGGAAAGCCGCUCCAAGAUGGAUCAUAUACAACGCCCAGAAGGUGCUCUCCAAGUUCGCAGUUCGCAUACAGCGGAAAGUACUGGAACAGUUGGUGACACCAAAUAUGGAAGAAAGCCAAUGGAAAAUGGCAAUCAUAGUAGAAGCAGUAGACACUCAGAUCAGCACAGAAGAGCGCAUAGAUGAAAUGGUCAAUAAACAAGGGAUCGCCUAUGACGACAGAGAAUCAGGCUGGAGGAAAACAUUUAUAGCUUCCACAACACAGAAAACAUGCAUGUUCUGCAAAUCCUCGGAACACAGGCCUAGUUAUGGCACCAUUGCCGAACGACGCAACUUCCUUUUUAAGAGGAACAUGUGCCUCAACUGCGGACGAGAGGGACAUUGGGUGAAGGACUGCAAAAGGGAAGGAUACAGGUCCUGCGGAGGAAAGAAGCACGAAUCA